GGCUUAUUCCGUGUUUAAGUGGUUCAAAGAGGAGUUCAAUGCAGCGCUUUGUUCGGAUUUCAGGAACGUGGUUUUAGUACGAGAUGGAGAGAGAGAAAAUUGAAAAUUGUCAUGAGAAGGAAAUUGCAGAACACGUCAGUGAGAAUGAGAGUCAGACUGAUGCAUGGGCUUUCGACUUCAAGAGCAGGGGGACAGACAGCGUGGCACAUGAUGCUGCCGACGUAAGCGCCGGGCCUGGCUGCGACAAGGACGCUGAGGAGUACAACAUGCGACACCCGAAGCGCGGUGUGGCCCUGAUCCUGAACCACCAAGAGUUCGCGGACGUGGCACCGCGUAGAGGGAGCUCGCGGGACUGUGAGAACCUGUGCGCCGAGCUGGAGAAACUGGGAUUCGAGACCCGAGUGCACCAGGACCUGACGUACAUCGCACUCUCGGCUGUGCUGACGGAAACAGCGCUGGAGGACCACAGCACGGCAGACUGCAUCAUGGUCAUUGCGAUGACCCACGGGGAUUCCGGUUACUUGCACAGCCGAGACACCGUCUACCACACACAGGAAUUGUGGCUGCACUUCACAGGAGACAUGUGUCCUACCCUGGUCGGCAAACCGAAAAUCUUCUUUAUACAGGCCUGUCGAGGGACAAUGGUGGACUCCGGAGUGUCAGUCGAUGUGACGGACAGCUACACCACAUCGUACGUCCUUCCUACGCAAGCGGACAUUCUCAUAGCUUAUUCCACAGUGGACGGUACGGAUGGUUACUACUCGUGGCGGAAUCCUCGGUCCGGCUCGUGGUUCAUCCAGGCGCUGUGUCACGAGCUUCAGACCCACGGUCGGACGCGCGAUCUCUUGACCCUGCUGACCUUCGUUUGCCGUCGUGUGGCCAUCGACUACCAGUCCACUGUUCCAGGUGACGAGAACAUGGACCGGAAAAAGCAAAUCCCGGUCAUCACAUCUAUGCUGACGAGACUUGUUUAUUUCGGCCAAAAUCAGCGGGUGUGAGGCCAACGGACUGUGCGCCCACUUCGCUCGGGAAAUAUUAUCACGAAUCAAGUAAAUUUAUUCAAUCAUUUUAUCGGUGUUGAAACCACCCUUUCCAUCUAUUUGACCACAAACUGGGCGCCGUUCGAAAACAUAAUAUGCAUAUAUAUUUAAUAUUCAAGUCUAUACACAAACUUUUAAAUUGUUGAUGUUAAAAUUUAAAAUUAAUAUUAAUAUUCUGCGCCAUUUAUCGUUAUCUCGA